CACCUGGCGUCCGAGGCAGGAUGUGCGGCUGGUGAGAACGCUCGCGACGCAGAAACAAAAGACGAACACGACAGUGCAACAAAGACUCAUUCACUCCAAGAGCCAAGUGAAGCAGAGCACACACUCGCCCAUCAAACGCGCCCCGCGUGCGUUUGUGUCUAUAUUCACGCCUGAAGAAUGUUCACAUGAGCCCAGUUACAAAUGUUGAGCAUAAUAAACAUAAACAUGAAUCAACCACAUCCAACAUCACAACAGCAGCAGCAGCAGCAUCCACAGAAUGCACCGUCGCUGCCGCCCCAGUUGCCCCCAACACCCACCAAGAUGAACAACACCAAUGUGCCUGGGGAGUUUGCCCUGAAGAAAUUGUUGCCUAUUGCAGCAUUCUUUAUGGGCUUUGCAACUGUCAUGACAUUGCUUGUCAUCUACAUCAACAACAAAGCAUUACUUCAUCAUCAGUUCAACAUUAACAUGACACAAGAUGCUGACUACACAAAUUUACGACAGGAUGAUCCAGGACUUGUGGAUUUUAUCAAGACUUUCAUUUUGAGGCCGGCGGUUGAGCCGAAGCAUAAACAAAUUGAGUUUGUGGCUGAAGCACCGACCAAAGACAUCGAGUUUAUUCUUAAACUUCUGCACAAUAAGAUGAAUGGAAUAUACGUGGAAGCCGGUGCAUAUGGCGACGGAAAAACCUCCGAAACUGAAUGGCUGGAAAAGAAACUCAACUGGCGCGGUCUUCUUGUGCAACCAGACUCACGUCACUACUUUAACCUCAAUCGCCACAAUCGCAUUCGUUCACAAUCAAUGCAUGGUUGCCUAUCACCCACACCAUAUCCACGAGAAAUCACAUAUCAUCAGGAAGACGGCGUGAAAAUCAAUUCGAUUAACUCAAAUCUCAUCGACGAAUCCGGCUUGUUUAUAACACGAGUCAAAUGCUUUCCGUUGUAUUCCCUGCUGCUUGCGAUGAAUCUAACAGAAGUGGAUUUUCUUAGCAUUGAAGCGCGUGGCACUGAGCUGCAAAUCCUCGAAACCAUUCCGUUCGAACGCGUGAAAAUCACAUUCAUCGAUGUGCAUUUACUAGCUAGUGAUCUUGAAAAAGACACGAUUCAAGCAUUCCUUGCGAAUAAGAACUACACGUUGAUACACAACUUCAAUACGAGUUAUAUUUACAAAGCGAAUUGGUAUUGACGCAAUUGAUUUGUGAAUCAAAAUGUUUGACAGCACAUGUUAUGAGAGCUCUCUAAAACACAUCUCUCUAUCUUAAGUAAUUCAUUCUCUCUAUAUUCAUUACUAUAAUUUUAUUUAUUUUUCGUAGGACACGUAUCAAGACUGAAGGUCAACAUUGCAUUUAUCAACUUAUUGUAGGCCGUAGUUUUUUUUAGAGUUAGGUUGGAUUUUAACGACGUAAACGAAGAUAGGAUAGGUUUUCAGCGCAGUGCCUUUAUUACAUUUACGAGAUUAUUAGCAUGACAAAUUGAUGCAACGAGCAAUAUUUACAAAUGUGGUGAAUGUUCAAUAAGCAAUAUGUAAUGUGGUACAUAACGAAUUAUGUCUUUAGCACAAUUUACAAAUCUAUUUUAAACAAUUUCAAAGCGGUAGAAGCUGUUUUUACGCGAACAUUUCAAGCAAAACUUUGGCUUUUUACAUGUUAUAAUGUGAAUUAUGCGGUUGAUAUUUAAUGCCUUGGAGUAAUUGAAAUAAAUUCAUAUUUUCCGUAGAA